UUGGUGGGCGAUUUAGAAUGCACACUAAAAAGAGUUGAAAUGGCAAUAGUGGAAGUGAAGGAGAGGAGAGGUAGAAUGAAGGGCGGAUUGAUCACCAUGCCCUUCAUUUUCGCAAAUGAAGUUUGCGAGAAGUUGGCCGUGGUGGGUUUCAUUAGCAAUAUGAUGAGCUAUUUAACACAGCAGCUUCACAUGCCAUUGAGCAGAGCAGCCAAUACUCUCACCAACUUUGCUGGAACUUCAAGCUUGACGCCACUGCUCGGAGCCUUCGUCGCCGAUGCAUUUGCAGGCCGCUUCUGGACUAUUACUCUUGCUUCCUUCAUUUAUCAGAUAGGGAUGACUUGCUUGACCAUAUCAGCAGUAGUGCCACAGUUAAGGCCUCCCGCAUGCAAAGGCCAUCAAACGCCGUGCCAAGAGGCUAACAGUGGGCAGCUAGCGGUCCUCUACAUAUCUCUCCUCCUAUUAGCCGUGGGAGCAGGCGGAAUCCGGCCGUGCGUGGCGGCGUUCGGGGCGGACCAGUUGGACGAAACGGAUCCAAAGCAAAAGACCAAGAUAUGGAGCUUCUUCAAUUGGUACUACUUUUGCCUGGGAGCUUCCAUACUUCUUGCAGUGACAGUGAUUAUUUAUAUUCAGGACAACAUUGGAUGGGGAUGGGGGCUUGGAGUUCCAACCAUUGCUAUGUUCCUCUCGAUACUCGUGUUUGUGUUAGGAUUUCCCUUGUAUCGACGUUUAGAUCCUGCUGGAAGCCCUUUUACGCGAUUGUUACAAGUUUGUGUGGCGGCUUUUAGGAAGAGAAAUCUGGCUAUGGUUUCUGAUCCUAAGUUGUUGUAUGAGAACGAGGAGCUUGACGCUGCUAUUUCUUUGGCUGGAAAGCUUGUUCACACCAAGAACUUGAGAUUUUUGGACAAGGCAGCCAUAGUGAGUGAAGAAGAAGAAGACAGUCUCAAAUCCCCCAACCUAUGGAGGCUGAACACCGUUCAUCGUGUGGAAGAGCUGAAGUCAGUGAUCCGAAUGGGUCCAAUAUGGGCCGCAGGAAUUAUUCUCUUCACAGCCUAUGCUCAACAAAACACCUUUGCCCUUCAACAAGCCAAAACCAUGGACAGACACCUAACCAAGUCCUUCCAAGUCCCUCCCGGCUCCAUGAACGUCUUCACCACCACCUCCAUGCUCGUCACCAUUGCCGUCUACGAUCGCAUCCUCAUCCCGGUGGUUCGUAGGCUCACCGGGCUCCAGCGAGGCAUCGGGUAUCUCCACCGGAUGGGGAUCGGCUUUGUCAUCUCAAUACUAGCCACCCUAGUCUCUGGCUUCAUUGAGGUGAAGAGGAAAAAUGCAGCCUUGGCCCAUGGCUUAACCCACAAGGCUAAUGCCACUAUUUCAAUCUCCGUGUUUUGGCUGGUGCCACAAUACAGCCUUCAUGGGGUGGCUGAGGCCUUCGUGUCAAUUGGGCACUUGGAGUUUUUCUAUGAUCAGGCACCAGAGAGCAUGAAGAGCACAGCCAUGGCUCUGUUCUGGACUGCCAUUUCUUUGGGAAACUAUUUGAGCACCUUUCUGGUUUCACUGGUGCACAAGUUCACUGGUGGUGGUGAUGGUGCAUCAAACUGGCUUCCGGAUGAUAACUUAAAUGACGGAAAAUUGGAGUACUUCUACUGGUUGAUCACAUUGCUGCAGAUUGUCAACCUAUUUUACUACAUAUUUUGUGCCAGAUUCUACACAUUCAAGCCCAUUCAGAUGCACAGGAAAGAAGAUGGUAAACCCAUGGAAAAUGAAACUAGUGAACUUGCCAAUGCCAGCCAUGUUUAAUAUGCUUGUGUUUUUUGGCAAUUGUGUUUUUCAGUGGACAAGCUUGUGGAGAUCAAUGAGUGAGAUAUAGAUAUUAUAUUUUGAAUAAUAAAAAUGCUUAAUACAAAUACUUUUAUACAUGUAAGCAUAGCACUGAGGUAAGUAGUCAUUUUAAUCACUUCUUCACUUGUUUAAAGAGAAGUGGCAAAGUUAUUAUUAUCAAAAAGAGUGUUUGUU